GUCGGAAAUUAACGGGGACUUGGGGCAAAAAUGCCACCGAGAUAACACAAUUAAAAUAAAGAGACAAAAAAUGCCCCUUCACAAAUAAACUAAAUGUAUUACGGCUGAAUGCUGAAUUAGAGGUGUUUAGAAGAAAACAAAGCUUUAUUCAGUGCACUUCUUGCUGACUCAGUUCUGCAAAACAAAAGUCUAGACCGUUUCUGUGAGUACAAGCAGAGUUUUUUUGAGAACGCUUGCUUCAGUCCCAUCGCUGACUCUGACCUUAGUUAAAGUGGGCAUGAAGAACGCAAAUGUAUGUAGAAGUUUUGAUUACCUGAUGGGACACAAAUAUUGUGUGGUACAAAUGCAAGUAAAGUUUGAACACAGCUUUGUUUACAAGUUUUGACUGAAACUUCUAAGUGUCUGUAACAGAUGACAAUUUAAUUGUGGUGCUUGUAAUUAAUUGAUUACAAAGCAGUAGCAAGCAUUUUAUAAAAUGCACAUACCUCUGCACCAAUAAAAUUUGCACCACUAUUUACAACCAAAUCAUAUGCAAUAUCUAUAUAUCUAAACUGAAAAGCUGUUCUUGAUAUUGCACGGUUUUGGGUCACAUGACAUCCUGAACAUGAUUGAAGGGACACGUUUCGGCCUCAAAUACACACUAAAUUGCUAUUAGAGAAAGUGUGGAUGUAGUGUGCGUUAUUAAGGGCACUGAGUUUUGACAGUUACCAGACCUGGGACAGUCUUAUGUACUUUGUGUCAUGUGCUCAGACUUUCAAGUGGACAAGACUGCAAAUGUGGGUAUAGGUACAGACCCCCAGUUCUGCAGAUGUGUGACCUGAAAGUGCAGCUCUCUUAUUUCCUGCUAGUUGAAUUUCUGAUACUACAUGUAUUUACAUGUACUGGUCAAUUAAACUAUAUUAGACACUCCAGUGUAUUCAUUUAGUUACAGCAACUGGGACUGCUGAACUCCAGGGUAAUACUUCAGCUAAAGAAUAAUAAUAAUGAUAUUGUUGUGACACACACCUCACUAAACUCCAACCUGACCGCACUGGUGACCCUAUUUUGUUUUCAGUUUUAAGAAAGCAGUGAUGUCUCCAUUGCAGGCAUUUAUUGAGCUGUGUGUCUUUCUACACACUCUAGCUUUUAGUAGUUACGCACAUCUCUGACAUCCCUCCUGACUCGGUCAAAGGUCUCACCUGGUCUGUAUUGUCCUCCUCCUUGAUCUGUCAUGCGUACAUGCAUUAGCAGUGCAUGUCGUAGGUUUGCAGGGGUGUUGCUCAGAGUUUUACGAGCUACGUUCCCCCUGGACUCGCCCCUGUUCACUUUCUCUGCUUGACAAGCGACUUUGUCUCUUUCCAGCUGUUGAGGAUCUUACCAUGUAGAGCUCUGAUGAAAAACCAGGCUUAUAAUGGACUGUGCUUUUGCCUUUGGUGGUUUGCUAGACUGCAAACUUUUCUUAUCUUGUGCUAAACAACUCCACAUGACCUUAUAGUGAUGAAGACCUGAGAGGCUUAAUCUUCACUUAAAGCCAAGCUGACAAAAGGGUUAGCUCGUUUUAGAAUGGACGCUCUGUGCGGAAGUUUGCGGUAAUGGCUGUGGUGAUGCGAAACAACUCUGGGAGCAACGUGGAGGCCCAGCUAAUCUAUGCGAUCACGCUGCCCGUCUCCUGCGCCAUAAUCCUGAUCAACCUGCUCAUAAUCCUGGGCAUCACCUGCAGUCGUCAGCUUCACAACUCGCAGAACUACUUCUUCCUAAGCCUGCUGGUGGCUGACUUGUGCACAGGCGUGGCGCUUCCCUUCAUCCCCUGGAUGGGCUUAAACCGCCCUCUCAGCUUCUCGUCCUGCCUGCUGGUGCACAUCUUUCCCAACUUUCUGUUCCUGGCCUUUCUCUUUAACCUGGUGCUGGUGCACUACGAACGCUAUCGGAGUAUCGUAAGUCCCCUUCAGCGCGGACAGCUCUGGCUGCAUCGGCGAUUUGCGCUGCCGCUGCUGGCGGUGUGGACGCUGCCGCUGCUGUUUGCCCUGUUGCCUGCUUUCGGUUGGAACAACAAGGCUAUUCAUGACCGGAAUGACUGCUGUCCAAUAACCAACAGCACGGCACAUUCCAACUGCGUAGCGCUGUCUGGUGAGCGUUGCUGUACGUACCGCAGCGUCUUUCCGAAUGCCUUCAUCUAUUUGGAAGUAUACGGUCUGCUGGCACCCGCCAUCCUUUCCAUCGCUGCCAUGACGUGCCGGGUGCUGUGGAUCACACGAGAACAGCUGAGGGACAUCCAGCGUCUGCAGCGUGCCGUAGCGAAUCGGGAAUGCAGGCGGAGAAUGGAAAUGCGUUACGCUUGCUGCGUGGCAGCGGUUUCCCUCGCCUUCCUGGCCUGCUGGGUGCCCUACAUCGUUUACACCCAUGUAGGCAUGGAGUUUUUGCUCAGACGGGGAGGAAGGAGCAAUCGCACUGGCCACAUCGUGCUGUCCUGUGUUGGCAUCGGGGGCACUGCUGUCGUGCCCCUGCUUUUGGGACUCGCCAACAGGGAGUACACAGAUCCGGUCAAGAAACUGUUCCGCAAACUGCGGCACCGCUGCAGAAAUGCAAGUGUGCAAAUGGACACUAGCCUUCGAUUUAGCUGAUGUGACUGACUUUCGAUAAAGUUUAUUUUUAUGGUAUUCAGCUAAAGAUAACUGAGCUAGGUUUUAAUAUAAUCUUUUCCAGGGAAUACUGGUACUGAAUUUUAGGAAAAGCUUUAAGUAAUCUUUGUUCAGUGAGAGUAUUUGUGUAGACUCAUGAAGCAACCCUCAUCUACAGUAGACAAGGAGACUUUAUGUACACAUGCCCAUUUGAGUCUGUGUGAAAAACAAAGAUUCUGGAAGUUUUAAAAUAAAAUGGUUUAGACAUAAUAUACCCUAAGACGAAAUCAGCAUAUAUUUAGGAACAAAUUCUUGACUGAACCGGCUUUACUGAGGCUCUCUUUAGCUGCUCAUCAGAUUUUGUUUUUUUAAUGCCCUGACAUUCUAUAGCAGAUUUUUUUUUCUGUAAUUCACAGUUGUUCUGUUUUAAGGCAGCAGAGCAGUUACAUUCUGUUCCUUGCGUUUUAUUUUCUUCCAAAAUAUUUACCAACAGUAACUGUAAUUAAAUAAAGUGUCUCAUUCUUGAGCAUUGUUCCAUUUUCCCAAAUUAGGUCAAGGAGGUCUUGAGGCAACAAUGAUCUGAGGUAAAUUUGUCAGUUCAGAAUAGAUAUGUAUGCUUUCAUCUGUCAUCUAUUUUAUAUCUGACUUUUAAAACCUGUUUUCAGGAGCAUUGUA